GCGUCUGUCCGGUUGCAACAGGAAACCCAACACCGUGGCACGGGGAGGGGGGACGCGACAAAGCGCUGCGCUCUCCCCUCCUGUGUCGCAGGGUAUAAAACCUCCAGGGGGGCCGCGAUCUGCCUGCAACUCUCUGCCUGCAGGUGAGGGGGGCCCCGGGCCACUGCCGUGCCCUGGCACCAUGGCCACGGGCGAGCUGACCGAGCUGGAGAGGGCCAUUGAGAAGGUCGUCACAACCUUCUUCACCUACGCGGGGAAGGAGGGCAAGAAGGGCACGCUGACGGCCGGCGAGUUCAAGGAGCUGGUCCAGCAACAGCUUCCCAACCUGAUGAAGGACAUCCCCUCCCUGGAGGAGAAGAUGAGCGAGCUGGAUGUGAACAACGAUGAGGAGCUGAAAUUCGGCGAGUACUGGCGGCUGAUCGGGGAGCUGGCGAAGGCCAUGCGGAGGGAGAAAGUGGGGAAGAAGUGACGGGGCUGGUGGGGAGACUCGGCUGAUGCAGAGCUAUUAAAAGAGAUUUUUCUGAGCCUGA